AUGUUAGAAAUUUAUAAUACUGUCAAAACUCUCCUUAUCUUGACUGGAUUUUUCGUCAUUUUAUACUAUGGAAUCGGAUUUUUUAGACGCUUUCUUGAAAGGAAAUAUAAAAUUCAUAUUGGAUCAAUAGGUUUUUUAUCAAUUGCCAACCUAUCUUACAGUGGGAAGAUUUCUGGUCCACAACAAACUCAACAUUCUUUUAAAAUUUCUGUAAAUAAAGUUCAUUUACAAAUUAGAAGACCAAAUUCAAGUCGUAAAACAUGGCUUACCCUUAUUAUUGACGGUGCUUAUUUUAACUUUUCUUCAAUAAAAAUAUUUUUACAAACUACACAAAGAAAAAGAGUGCGUGCAAAGCAUCAUAGUUUAAUCGCUACCGUACCUCAAAAAGCUUGGUGGUCUUCCGUUUGGGUUGUUAAAUAUGUUAUGGGGAAAAUUUCUUCAAUUCCAUUACAAUUCUUCUUGUCAGGAAUUGCAAAUUUUUUUGAUAUAGAUGUUACUAAUGUCAAGCUAUUAGUUGAAGAUUUAGGACUAUUCCAAAUUGAUGAGUGUACUUUGGGAAUGGAUUUGCUUGCUGACGUUGGUCGAAAUCAUCAUCACGUUUUCUCUAAAAAAAUUCUCAACUUCUCCUUCUCGUUUUCAUCAUUAUCAAUUCGUGAUAUUGAAUCUGUUAAUAAAUCAAAUAAUAGUAGUAGUAUAAUUCAAAACCUUCCGAAUAUACUUCCUGCUAUCUCUUUACUUCAUCCAACCUUUAUUACUUUAUCUUUACAUCUUUCUCCCGCCUGUACUUCACUAAUAUCUUCGGAUUUUGAUGUUUACUUAAAUCGAAUAAAUAUUGGUGUUGAUUCCAUACUUCGUUUGGUUAAAAUUAUUCAAUCAAAACUUCCAAACAAAGUAAUAAGGGGACCAGUUGAAUCCUUAAAUACCCGACCUUCGUCACCAUCAAAUAGAUCACGAAGUUAUAUGAUGGCUAAUUUAUUGGAUUCUUCAUUAGCUAGAAAAAUGAGACUUUCUCGUAGAAAGAAGACUCCUGUUGAAUUCCUUGGAAGUGUGAAGUUUAAGGUUGAUCUAAUUGAUAUUAAAUAUGAGUUUUCAGGAUUGGAUCAUAGCAAAUCUCAUGAACUUCCUUUAUUUGCCCAAUUGUCAUUUCAAGGACUCUCUAUUUCACUCAAACAAGAUAUCCAUUCAAUUAAUAAUCAUCGGGGAUCAAUACUUUUUCUUGAAGAAAUUCCUAAACCUAUAAAAUUGAAAAUGGGCUUUUCUAUAGAUGAUAUUUAUGGUGAUCUUGUAGAUAAAAAUCAUAUUGCUUCUCGAAUGAUUCAAGUGGAUAAGGUCGAGAGCAAAAUGUUAAUAUCUAAACCUCUCGUUACAGUUGCUGAUUAUGAUCCAAAUUCUUUAUCAUUAGACGGGACAUUCGAGGUUCGUUCUCCCGAAAUAUCCGUGAAUUUUAAACACCUUGAUGUUAUUAUAAACGUCAUCGAUUCACUAAAACAUCUUGAUCUUGGAGGAAAGCAUCCAUCAACUCAACGAUCACCCAAGCUUAAAGAACCAAGCCAGACGAUGAAUGGUAUACCAAAAUUAGUCGCUACUUGUUCUAUAGUUAAUCCACUUGUUAAAAUUACAAGAAUUCCAUCUUCUACGCGAACUGGUGAAUUUUCACAGAUUUCCUUUGGAUUUCAGGAUAUAUCGUUCGAUGUCAAUGGUGACUAUACGGAAUUGAAUGAUUUAACACAAGUUCAACAUCAACGUGUAUUGUCAAGAAGAUAUACUCGAAGUUGGACUCAACCUAAUUUCUCCUUAGUUUAUAAUUUAGUUGCAAGUUUAAAAACUCAUAAGAUGAAAUUAUAUACUUUGGAAUAUGAUUUAUUUUUUAAUAAUUCUUUAGAAUUUAAUUUAGCGACUUCUGCGUUGGGAACUACGAUUUCAUUCAAUAAUAAGGAAGAUGAUACCGCUUUCACUACAUCUUUAGAAACAGAAACGAUUCAAAUGGACGUCAGUUGGAUAGUUGAUCGGCUUGAAGUUAGCUUAUGUGACAAAUCGACAUUUGAUUUGUUAAAACAACUCAUCGAUAUCACAACAAGGCUUAAACCUGAAAAACGUGAGGUUUCUGAACCGUUAAUAAUUGAAAAAUCACCAGAUCAAAGCGAAAAAGCUUUAUUAAUUUAUCUAGAAGUACUUCUUUGUUAUGUCACUUUUACCGCAAUAAGUGUGAAAAUUGCCGGGGUAGACUCAUUUGUUAAUUCAUCAACAUCAAGGGGAAUAGAUUUUAGGUUACAGGAUAUUGUAUUUGAUUAUAGGGGGGCAAGAGCAACGAUUGACCCUAUUGCACGUUAUAAAGGGUUUGGAUUAUCCACAGAAGAUAGUGAUGAAGUUCAACAGGACACUGGAGGUAUUCUUCGAGGAUUUGUUAGAGGAAUAAAGUUGAUGCCGAUUUUAGCCAUUUGGGACAAAGAAUUGUUUAAGAAUACAAUUCCAUUGUUGAACAUACCAGAUAUAGAACUUCAGAGUACCCUAUCAUUUAAAUACCUACAAAAUGAUUAUGAAUUAGUUAUCAACCCCAUGGUAAAAGUUCAAGAAGUUCAUGUGAAAUAUUCAUUACUCUAUCAUUAUUGUUGCUUAGUCGGUGCUAUUAAUAUCGUCCGAUUAUUACCAAGGUUCUCUGAUAAUGAGAAGAAUGUGAAGAGAUCCGUACCUACACCUUCCGAUUCGCAGCGUGAAAUAUCGGCAAAAAUUGAUUUGAAUGUCACGGUGAAUCAUAUUAAUGUGUCGAUUGACCUUCCGGAAGAUACCAAGGUUUUUGCGCGAGUGGAUGGGAUAAGUUAUAAAUUCGUUCCUCCUUCGGAUCAUGGAGUGAGAAUUAAGAAAUUACGUGUUUUUGGCACAAGUCUAGUGGAAGAAGGGCUAUGGGAUGAAAUAGGUAGAGUCGAGAAUACAAAAAUUCUUCUUUUGGACGAUGAUACAAAAUAUGAAAAGGCUAAAAAUAGUUCGAAUGAAAAGGAAUUGGACAAGAUGAUACGUAUUCAAUCCGAUUUGAUCCAUGUCCGUAUACCUCAUAAAUUCGUCCUUGCUGAUGUUAUUGAAAAUAUUGCUAAUACGGCCAAAGCUGUGAAACAUUUAACCGAACGUAUCUUUGCUGGUGAGGAAUCCAGUUUACCCUUAGGACCAGAGGAAGAGGGGGCAAAGCUUUUACCCACAAUACAACUUAAAGUCGGAUUGGUAACUUUCCGUUUAGAAGAUGAUCCAUUCGAGGCAAAAUUAUCCCUGAUAUGGAAAGUUGGUUGUCUAGAACAAAAGGCUAGGUUAGGAAGAGAUGCUGCUUUUGAGGCAAAGGCCGAAGCAAUUAGAGAAGAUGCUGCACAGUCAAAAAACAAUGGAGAACAAUCACAAAAAGAAAAUGGCGGCGGGUUGCUACUCGGACAAGAAGAAAAAACGCGCGUCGGCAAUUUUCGUCAUCAACCAUCUCCACGCGCGAAUUUGAGCAUUGAUGCAGCGUGUGAAGCAUUAAAAGAAUAUAACUCAAGAAGCUGGAUUAAAUGUGUAAAGGCCGCCGACCCAUCACGUGUAAAAUCGCAACAAAUGGGCAAGGUUUCUCAAGUGGAAUCCCUACCCAUUCGAACGACCGAACCUUCAAAGUUUCCCUCUUUGUUUAAUGUUACUAUAAUAAAGUUUGUUUUGACACUUUCAACGCCUUCCUUUCCAAUGGAAGAUUUGCCACAAUAUAUGUACGAGAUAGGAAAGGGCUUACCAUUGGAUACAAAAUUUGCACUAUUGGUUCCUAUGCAUCUGAGUGCUAAACUAAAAGAAGCGUGGGUUGAAAUUCGCGAUUAUCCACUUCCCUUAGCUCAUAUUCCUUCUACAGAUAAUUAUCAUGGAAAGAAUCCAUAUUCUUUCUUUCUGAAAGGAGAUUUGGUGGUUGGGGAAGAACUAAAGGGUAUGGAAGCGAUAAGGAAGGCCUCAGUUGUUAUUGUGACACCGCAAGGUGAUGAUAGUGCAUAUACAAUCAAAGUUCCAAGAACUGUCUCGCCCGUGAAAAUAUAUUCGGAUCUCCAUGUAAAGAUUAAUUCCUCACGACCAACGGUUUUUUCAUGGGGUGUUUCUAUGCAGCCAGCAGUUCAGCAUUUUGCAAAGGUAUUCGAAAGUUUUACUAAGCCUAAUCCUGACCCUUCAGAUGCUAUUGGAUUUUGGGAUAAAAUGAGAAUCAUGAUGCAUGUUAAAAUAUCAAUGGAAUUCAAAGGCACCGGAGACGUGCAAUUUUACUCAAAAGGUUCUCGUGAUCCAUAUUUAGUGACUGGAUAUGGGGUUGGUUUCGUCUUAUGUUGGAGCAAAAACGUCGAAAUUCGAUUAGGUUAUGCGAAUGAUCAAAAUGAAGUACUUCAAGUCGAUAGUCAAGAAUUCACGUGUGCUAUUCCUAAUUUAGCUUCUGUCGUCUCUGAUGGUAGCUUAUCCGCAAAUAAUACAGGAUUGGAAGCCAAACUUCAAAACGAGAGUAUUAAAGAUUCGGAGACCAGUACAAUUCGAACUCAGAAUUCAUCAAAUACGGUAGAAUCUGAAGCGUUGUUUGAUAACUAUUUGAAGCGAGUAAUGAAACUUUGUGGAGGUGUGAGAUACGGUAUGGGAGUUCAUUUCCAAAGACUCUGCAAUAAGUCAUGUCCAGUAUAUGAUUCCUUUAAGGGUUUCCGAUCGGACUUUGUUCAUCUUUCAGUCAGCGUUUCAUGUCCCAUAAAUUUGAAAAAUUCUGAUGAUUAUCAUCACGAUAAAAAGGAUUUACAAAAUUCUAUACAAUUAAGUCCGAAAUCGCUUCAACAUGUAUUAUCAUGGGCAUUUCUUUUUGAACCAGCAAUGACUAUUCCUAUUCGACAAGGAGCUCUAUUUCCUUCUCUAGAACCUCCCUCUCCAAAACUUGGAAAAUAUCUUGGAACUAUAAAAAUUAAAAUCUGUGUAGGGCCAUUGUUCCUUAGUUAUUUUUACAGGGAAGAUGCUUUUGAAGAUCCCUUAGACGGAAGAACACACAUGGUAGGCAUUAAGGGCAAGAUUGAAAAUUUCAAAUUUGAUAUGCACCUCCGCAGCGAAGAGAAAAUUAUUGAGGUGGAAGGGCAGGAAGUUAAAGCUAGAGAUAUCAUCCUACAUGAAGCUGAGGUGGAUUUGAAAAAUUUGGAUUUAAGAGGAAUUGCUGUCCGAUAUAUUGGAGAAAAUAUAUUUUCGAACUUUUCAGAUGAACAUGAAAAGGAUGAAAGAGAUAUGUUAUUGGGGAAAGAUGAAGAUUUUAUGGCAUUACAUGUUGACGAUGAAGAGUGGGUUGAUGUGAAUGAUUACAUUGAAUUGGAUUGGAUGCUACCGGACGUUAAACCUGGUGUCAGGGUAUUACCUUUAAUGAGAAGCCCGCAAAUGAUGUAUUUUAAAAGUCCGAAUGAAAAUGAUACAUAUGAAGAUAAGAAAACGGACCAAGGGACUCAUGUAUGUGUGAUGGGGCAGGGUCGAGAUACUGUUAAAGUUCAAAUUGAUUUCCUAACCGAAAGGUUAAAUCGAUUAAAUCAGGAGAUAAGUCAGCAGACUAAGAUAUUAAGCAACAUUGAAGAGAGGAUUACCGCAGAUUCCAAAAGUCCAAACCUACAUCUACAAAAUAUGUCACAAUCUAUACAAAACACCACUGCCACGUUAUCACAAAAAAGAAAUUUCAUUCAAGAAUAUUUAAAUGAUUUAGAAGAACAACUAAAUAAACCGGAUCCAAAAUAUGUAGAUGUGAAAAGUGAUGAUGAACAGGUUGAUAAUGAGAAAAAGCCUAGUUUUAAUUCUCCUUUAUGGGCUGAUACUCAUGGACAUUUUGGUCAUCGAUUUAUUAUCCACAAUGCUGAAGGGUUAUGGAAUAAUUCAUUACGUAACUUGAUGUAUAAAUUUUUGAAUCUCGUGGAACAACAUCAAGGAUUAACAUAUUAUAUGUCAAUGAGUGCAGUCAAGUUUAUAAGAGAUUUGCAAAAGAAGAUUCAGCAACAGAAAGAAAAAGAAGCCUACGAACAUUCUCUAAGGAAAGAAAGUGAUUCAAUGUCUUCCGCUGGGUUAAACAAUUAUGAUUUUGAUGCACAAAUGGCGGCUGAAAUGUUGAGGAAGUUGGUUGGAGAGCAAAGUACAAGCUUUAUUGUGCCUAAUGAAAUUCUUGUAGAAGAGGGUACAGGUGAUCAAGGACAAUCAAAAGAUCUACAUGAUGAAAUUCCUGAAGGCUAUUCGUUACGAAAUGAUUUUAUAGUUCAAUUUAUUAAUCCUCAAAUUAAUUUACAAUGUGAAAAAAAUCCAGAUUCCAGUAUUAUAAUGUGUAUAGAAAGAGCUCAACUCAAAACCUUUUCAAUCGUAGAAGAUUGGUCUAAAGGUGACCUGAUUAAUGAAGUUGUGAAAACAAGAAUGUUCUUUGGUUUAGACAAUGCUCAACUUUUUACAAGCACCAAGGAAGAUUUCAAGAACGAUUAUUAUUCAAAGAUUUUAACGGCAAACAAUUAUGGUGCCAAGGGGCAAGACAAUUGGCCCGUUUGGGUUCCUGUGGAGGAAGUGACAUCAAAAAAUGAUGAUCAGAAUAAUGAAAGUAACAAUGACAUCAACGAACAGGAGUCAAAUAUAUUAGAAGUUGACAGUUCUAAGAAAGUAGAAUUUGAUAAAAGGAUGGACUCCUUUCACAUUAAUGUUCCAAAUCUUAAAAUAUCAGCAACUUCCGAUCAAUAUUGUAUAUUUUUUGAUGUUGUUACAGAUUUAUUUAUGUAUCGUGAACCAGCGCAAAAGGAACGUUCCGAAAGGUUACAGGCCAUUUUACUUGCAGCGGAUUUGGAUGAUCUUGAGGGUGCGGCCGAAAGAGUAUCAUCUUUACAAGAAAAAAUUCGACAAUUGGAUGAUUUAAGGCUUCAAUAUGAGUUACAUUCAAUAGAAUUAGAUGAAGAAGGCAUGAAGGAACUUCGGGCAGUGGAGAUAGAAUUAAUAAAUUCACAAGAAGAAUUAUACCUUUUAAUGGAAGCUAUUACCGCUUCACAAGAGAAGAAACGUGAUGCGGAUUGUAAAGUUGCAUUUAAACUCAUAGCGACAGCAGAUAAAGUAGCUUGGACUAUGCAAGAGAAUAACAGAAAACCAAUUUGUGAGUGGAAAUUAGCAAAUGCGCAUUUUGAAUGGAUGACAAAAGAAGAGAAUAGUAGUACAAACACUUUAGAGAUAGAUCAUGUCGUUGUAAUGAACAAGCUUCCAUCUCCUACAUUUAAAGAAUUAAUAUCACCAUAUAUAAUAGAUAAUCGUCCCGUGGAUUUUCGUCGUAAUAAGAUGAUUCGGGUUCAUUGGGAAGAAUUAGAACCUGUUGCCGGUAUUGCAAUGGUUGAACAUUUUGAAAUAAAUAUGUUUCCUCUUAAAUUCCAGAUGCAAUAUGAUAUUGGAAAACUUAUCAUGAUGUACAUAUUUCCGGAGAAAAGGAGUGAAUACGUAAUAAAACAAAAUAAUGUCAAGGCAAAUGAAUUUGCACAAGUUGGUAAUACUCCUAUAGAACAAAAGAGAGGAUCUAUUGGUUCUGAACAAAUAGUAAAGGUAUCAAAGAAAAUAACAGAUUUAUCUAAUGAUAGUUCUAGUACCGAAACUCAAGAAACAUCUAGCGAAUCUGAUGUGGUUUCUUUCUCUGACGACGGAGCUUUAAUUACGAAUAAUCCCACAACUGUUGGUAAAAAGCAAUUAUCAAAGACAACGACAGGAGAUCAUACGGAAUAUUCAUCGGAGUUGGAGUUGAUGAAAACAAGAGCUUCCCAAAACAGAACAUUUAUAUAUAUAAAGGUUCCUGGUGUAACACAUAAUUUUAGUUAUCAAGGCGUAAAAGAAAAGAAUUUGGAAGAUCUUUAUGAUUUUGUUUUCAAAAUGCCAACUCUGGAGUAUCAAAACAAAACAUGGUCGUGGUUAGACUUUUUGGAGCAAUUUAAAAAAGACAUUAUUCGUACCAUUCUGGCACAUACUGGUUCAUUGAUUAAUCAAAAAUUCAUUACACAGAAACGUGUUCGACCAAUCACAGCAGAACCCACUAUUUCCAAUGAAUCCAAAGAAAUUGCCGUUCCUUCUUUAGCAGCAUUGGCAACAGUUGUGGCUGCAGCUAACGUUACUUCGAUGAUGGAUGGUGAAAACGUUGAAAAUGAGCAUGAUGACGAAGGAUCAGACAAAGUUUCAAUUCUUAGUUACGAAAGUCAAGAAAGUCAAAAGAAAACGAGAGGUAUAAAGUCAAUGAAACACGAAAAGAGGGAUUCUUUAACAAGACAUAUCCCUCUUACGAAUUAUUAUAUACAUAAAGAAACUGGUGGAACGCCACAUAUUUCUAGCGCAAAACCUACUCCGACUUCUGCCGUAAACGAAGAUAUUGAGGGAAAAGGUAGAUUAUUAUUGGGUAAAUUGUAUGAUGAAACUAGAUCAAAUCAAUCAAAUCAAAUGCAUUAA